AAUUAUUACAGUACUUACAAAACAUACUCAUUAUAAAUAAAUUAAUAAAACCAAAUCGAACGGACCCUAGUUUGAUCAAAAGAUUUGUCUCUCUCUCUCUCUCUCUCUACUAAAAAAUCUCUCCUUUGUUCCUCUCUCUCUCCUUCACUUUCUCUGAAGCUUUAUAGCCGGCGAGAACUAGCCGGAGAAUGGCAUACAUGUGCACUGAUAGUGGAAACUUAAUGGCUAUAGCUCAACAACUCAUCAAACAGAAGCAGCAACAACAAAAACAGCAAGAACAAGAAGAGCAGCAACAACGACAAGAACAUGACCAACAAAAUCAAUCCUUUGGUUUCUCCGACCCGUUUCAAGUAUCCAACGACCCGGGUUUCCACUUCCCACACCUCGAGCAUCACCGAAACACUUCCGACGGGUUUAGGUUUUCUGACGGUGGAGAGUUUGACUCUGACGAGUGGAUGGAGACCUUAAUCAACGGUGGAGAUUCGCUUCAAACCAACCCGGACUUCUCAAUCUACGGCCACGAUCCAUUCGUCACAUUUCCGAGUCGACUCAGUGUUCCUUCAAAGGAUAAUGACUCAGCGAGUCAACAACUCUCUCAACCACCAGCUUCCACCGCUAUAUGGACUCCAUCUCCGCCAUCACCACAACAACAUCAUCCUCCUCCUCCUCCGCCGCCGACUCCACCGCAGCCAGAUUUUGACCUAAACCAACCGAUUUUAAAAGCUAUCUACGAAUAUGCACGUAAACCGGGAACUAUACCGGAAACACUUACCCAAAUCAGAGAAUCCGUAUCAGAGUUGGGUAACCCGAUAGAGCGAGUCGGGUUUUACUUCGUAGAAGCUCUGUCUCAUAAAGAAACAGAACCAUCUCCGGCGGCAUCGUCGUCGCUAGAAGAGUUCAUACUCUCUUACAAAACCUUGAACGACGCAUGUCCUUACUCAAAGUUCGCUCAUUUAACAGCAAACCAAGCGAUUCUCGAAGCUACAAGCCAAUCCCAAAACAUUCACAUCGUCGAUUUCGGGAUUUUUCAAGGGAUCCAGUGGUCUGCUCUGUUACAAGCUCUGGCGACCCGAGCUUCUGGUAAACCCACCCGGAUCCGGAUUUCGGGUAUACCCGCUCCGUCUCUAGGAGACUCACCGGAGCCCUCUCUGAUCGCUACUGGAAACCGUCUCCGUGAUUUCGCGGCGAUUUUGGAUCUCAAUUUCGAGUUUAACCCGGUUCUCACUCCGAUUCAGUUACUAACCGGGUCGAGUUUUCGGGUUGACCCGGAUGAGGUUUUGGUUGUGAAUUUCAUGCUUGAGCUGUACAAGCUUCUUGAUGAGACGGCGACGGGUGUUGGUACGGCUCUCCGGUUAGCCAGAUCGCUAAACCCGAGGAUUGUGACGCUUGGUGAAUACGAAGUUAGUUUAAACCGGGUUGAGUUUGCUAAUCGGGUUAAGAACUCUCUCCGGUUCUAUUCCGCGGUUUUUGAGUCGCUUGAACCGAAUUUGGAGCGUGAUUCCAAAGAAAGGCAGAGGGUUGAGAGAGUGUUGUUCGGUAGGAGGAUAUCAGAGUUGGUCCGAACGGGUAAUGUUAAUAUCAAACCGGGAACCCGGUUGGGGCUAAUGGAGGAGAAAGAACAAUGGAGAGUACUGAUGGAAAAAGCCGGUUUCGAGCCGGUUAAACCGAGCAAUUACGCGGUUAGCCAAGCGAAGCUGUUACUAUGGAACUAUAACUACAGCACAUUGUACUCACUUGUUGAAUCGGAGCCAGGGUUCAUCUCCUUGGCUUGGAACAAUGUACCACUCCUCACUGUUUCGUCUUGGCGUUGACCGGUCCCGGUUCAAUCAAUCCGAUCCGACCUGGUUACUUUAUUUGUCUUCGUAUUGUUGAUACUUGAUAAGUUAAUCUAGUCUUUUGAGUUAGUUUUAUUUGGGGGAAUGUAUAUUUGGGAUUUUCUCUGAAGUAGUGAAAUUGAUUGAAAAUGGUUUUUGAUUUGGCUGUGUAAUUAAAUUAGUAUCUAAGCUAGUACUAUUUGUGUUAAUCUUCUGAACUAGUGCUUUGGAGUAAUGUUAUAUUGUGUGUGUAACAUUUGACUAAAGACUUCUUUGGUAUUAAACGAAAGAAGCUUAAAUAUAUUGAUUUUGGUAGUA